ACUGGUCGAGUAAACUAUUGAUUUUGCCUUCUCCACUCAUUCGGGAGCUACAUUGUUGCAAGAAUAGCACAGCACAGUAUAGUCUCUUUAGCUAUUGCCUUGGUUGAACGGUUUUAGCAUUGUUUGCUUGGACGUAAUGUUUGCUUCCUGUUAAUAUCCGCCAAUGGCUUUUUAGUUUAUAUUGGUAAAAUUAGGCUAAAUGUUCCGUGUAUAAAGACAGCAGACUACUUUCGUGGCUCAAUUGGAAGAUAUAUUGUUUUCAUAAAUACGUCAACAUGUCAAGCGAGCAGGUGUUCAGCUGGACGGUAGUAGUCUUGACCUGUCAACAUAAAGAUAGCGUUUACGCCUUUCAAAGAGAGCUGGAGGUCCGGCAGCAGCGUGGAGAUCUCUUACAGGGGACGUUACUGCUCACUGUGUCAGACCCCCAGGAGCCUGGACUGGGUAGUGGGGGAGCCACUCUCAAUGCACUGCUGGUGGCAGCCGAGCACCUGAGUGCCAGAGCUGGAUACACUGUUGUUACCACGGAUGUCCUUGAUGAUGCCCGUAUCCUGAUCUUGCACACGGGACGUGACUUUCCCUGGGAUAGCUGUGGCAGGGCCUUCUGCUGGCUGCCUGUGGAAAAGCCAGCUCAGACUGUGCAGGGACCUGUCUGCUGCCUGGAUAUGCUGCUUGACUGCCUUUCCAAUCAGGUGUGCCCUGGUUCUCCCCCGGGCGUUUGGGUGUGCAGCACUGACAUGAUCCUGACCAUGCCGACUACCUUCAAAAUGUCAUGGGAGGGGUUUUCUGGGGUCCGUGUGUUGGCACUCCCUGGUGAUGUCUCUUACGCCGCCAAUCAUGGAGUCUACUUUGCUGAUGAGCAGGGUAGAGUACGUGACAUCAUCUACAAGGGGUCAGAGGAGCGGAUUCGCCGAGCCGCACAGCCUGAUGGGAUGGUGCCACUGGUGUCAGGGCCUGUGUUCUUCUGCAGGAGGGUACUAGAGCGACUGCUGAAGGCCCAUGUUACCCCUCCCCUUGACGGCUGCACGUACAUGGGUAUGGACUCUGGGGCACCACCCCUUCAGAUCUCCCUCUUCCUGGAUUUGUUGAUGUGUCUUUGCUCAGACCUGAGCGAGUCAGAGUUUGUGAAUGGGGAGAGGACGGGCUGCAGUUCCCCCAUCAGUCAACAGGGAGCAGUAGUGAGGAGCGCACGGGCCUUGCUAUGGAGGAUACUGAGAGGCACCACUCUCCAUAUGGUUUACGUUCCUGCCGGUUGCUACGACUACCUGACUCUGUCCGGUAGAGAGCACAUUGACCGCCUGACAAAGAAGGGGACAGAAAGGAACACUCUGUCACACAUACAGAAUACUCAGUGUGUGAGUGCUGGAGGCAGGGUGAUCAACAGUGUUCUGGAGGGGGACGUCAGUGUUGCGUCAGGAGCAGUAAUCCAGCACUGCCACCUUCAGGGACCAGUGGAGGUGCUUUCAGGUUGUUUACUAUCAGGCCUGGAAGUGACCUCAUCUUCGCACAUCCAGCAGCUGGCCUUAACCAAUGACCACAUCAUCCAAGGGCACCACAUACAACUGGGAGAGAUGAAGAUUACUGUUUAUACAGUGCUGGGGGCUUAUGAUGAUCUUAAGGUUUCCUGCGAUGACGAUGGUGCCACCUUUCUGAAUCACAGAUGGAGUGACCUCUACAGCCGCACUGGAAUACAGCCUGAGGAUCUGUGGGGGUCCGGGAGGUCCCAGUCCCUCAUGGAGGCCCGCCUGUUCCCAGUCUUCCAGCCGCGGGGGGGUGCGGUGGGGCUGGAGUUGGGGGUGUGCUGGCUGUUGGGUGGGCCGGGGGCACUGGAGCAGUGGAGGGCCGCGUGGAGGCUCUCUCUCCGAGAGGUCCUUUCCCUUACUGACCAGGAGGGGGAGCUGCGCUGGAGGGAGGCGCUGUUCUUCCAGGUGGGGAGGAGGAGAGUGAUGGACAACUUGAAGAGCCAGAGCGAUCGUGGGUUGUUGCCCAGCUUCAGGGCUGCCGUGCUUGGAGGCCAGCAUGAGGAGCUCCUCUGCACACUAGACUCCAUUGCAGCGGGCAGCAGGGAGAACCUGGGAGUGGCGGCCCGCUGCCUGGCCUGUAUAGCUGACGUGUUGGCCUGCCUGGCCGGGGAGGGCCGAGGGGGGCUGAGGAGCGGGCCGGCUGCUAACCCCGCCUGGAGCCAUGCCUUCUCCAUCCUGGAGCAGGGAGACCUGCUGGGUGGAGUCCAGGCCCUGGCCACCGAGAGAGCCAAAUGGCUCAGCAGGCCAGACUUGCUGGUGCGUGCUGCACGGCACUAUGAGGCGGCCGGGCAGGUGCUGCUACGACAGGCUGUGAUGUUAUCACAGAGAUUUAUCUCCAUUGGUCAAGGUGAGGUCCCGCCCCUUGGGGAAUGGCAAGAUGUGGAGUGUCCUGCCAGACUGGACCUCUCAGGUGGCUGGAGCGACACUCCGCCCAUUGCCUUUGAACAUGGCGGCGCAGUGGUCAACGUGGCGGUGAAGGUUGACGGGAGACGGCCCAUUGGUGCCCGAGCUCGUCGCAUCAAAGAGCCCCGUCUGCUAUUGGUCAGUUCCAGCGGAGUACAGGAUGAUGCUAUCGCCAUGGAGACAGUUUGCGAGAGGCUGGAGGAUCUGAAAGACCACUGUGUGCCAUAUGCACCUGCUGCCCUGUUGAAGGCAGUGUGUGUAUGCAGCGGCCUGGUUACCUAUCCCUCUCGGCAGUCCCUGGAUGAGCAGCUCCUGCAGCGCUGGGGCGGAGGGGUGGAGAUCCACACCUGGUCCCUCCUGCCGCACGGUUCAGGACUGGGUACCAGUAGUAUCUUGGCGGGAGCGGUGCUGGCAGCCGUCUACAGAUGCACGGGGCGAACCUACGACACAGACUCCCUCAUUCACGCUGUUCUCCACCUGGAGCAGAUGCUGACCACUGGUGGUGGUUGGCAGGACCAGGUCGGAGGUUUGGUGGGGGGAGUAAAGGUGGCGCGCUCCAAAGCCUGUCUCCCCCUCCGGGUGGAAGUGGAACGUCUCCCUCUCUCCGACGACUUUCUGCUCUCACUGCAACAGCACCUCCUGCUGGUCUACACCGGCAAGACUCGGCUUGCGCGAAACUUGCUGCAGGACACGGUGCGGCGCUGGUACAGCCGCGUGCCCUCCAUCGUGGAGAACGCCGGGCAGCUAGUGGACAACGCAGAAGAGUGUGCCCGCGCCUGUACAGAAGGCUCUCUCCCCAGGCUGGGGGCUUGUCUGGAGCGUUACUGGGGCCAGAAGAAGGUGAUGGCUCCGGGGUGUGAGCCGGCAGCUGUGCGGACCAUGAUGGAUGCCCUGCGCCCGCUGGCCCUGGGACAGACUCUGGCUGGGGCGGGCGGAGGGGGCUUCCUCUACCUGCUGACCCGCCAGCCGCAGCAGGGGGAGGCAGUGCGUCAGGUCCUCAACAACACACAAGGCCUCCGAGAUUUCAGUGUCCAUCCAGUUGAGCUGGACAUGGACGGCAUCACACUGCUGAACUCUUCCUGAGACAGACAGAUGGACGUCUGGACCCUAAGCCAUUUUUAUACACAUUUUUAACUACUUUCAUGAUCUAUUGGGGGACGGUUAGGACAUCACAGGAGGUUGGUGGUACCAUAAUUGUGGAGGACGGGCUCGUGCUAAUGGCUGGAGCAGAAUGAAUGGUAUUAAAUACAUCAGACACAUGGUUUCCAGGUGCUUGAUGCCAUUCCAUUUGCUCCCUUCCAGACAUUAUUAUGAGCCGUUCUCUCCUCAGCAGCCUCCACUGGGACAUAUACACCUUUCAAACCGAGACAUUUCUCCACCAACUUUAUGCCGACUUCUCUCUAUAUAAGAAAGGUAUUGCCUGCGACAAAGCCUGUAUGUUUAUUUCCGCCAACCGACCUACGGUAAAGUUCUGCCUACGGCUUAGUAGGAAAUGUAGCCAUAAAAUCACGAGGCGGAAUUGGCACGCACUACGCUCUUAAGCUCGAUGGUUGCUAGACAGCUGCCGUUACUACUAUCACGUUACUACUAUCAUCCUGGCAGUUAGAAACUUUGCUUUGUUAGGGAGCAGGCGUAGGAUUUUAUAUUGAGUGUCUUCAUCAUGACACCGAUAGAAAACAAUAGCAACCUAUAUUUUCAAAAGCAUUGGAGUCUCGUGUUCCUACUGCGUGUGAUCAGUGCUAAUACAUGAGCCAACUAGACAAGAUGAUCAUGAGCAGCACUCACCUCAAAUGUAGGUCUAUUAUAACAAUUGGAUGACUUUGCGAGUUUAAGUAAACAAUAAUUUGAUGCCUUCAAUUGAAUUAGCCUACUUUAUUCCAAUAUUUUCAUCAUUCAGUGAUAUUUGUUUCCACAGUUGUGGUUAAGAAAAUAGUGCAUGUGGUGGGCUAUGCGAAGAGAUGGGUGAAGUGACAUGCCUCGCAGAGUGAGGGUUGGAAAGAGGUGACACGGAGAUUAAAAAAAUGUAUAAUCGGGCUUAAUUUGGGCUCUGUUAAAUAUUCUUUUUAAUGUUGCAAGUUGUGUGGGAUAUUCUUUGUAUUUUAUUCUGAGCCUACUGUAAAAUGUGACUGUCUUUUUCUGUUAAAUAAACAAAAUAAAUAUUGAUUUCAUGUGCAUGCUACAACCAUAGAGGCUGCACAGACCAGUAACACAAUUAAACUCUAUCCCUUUGAAAA